AUGUUUCAAUCCGAGGAGCCAGCUGAUCCAGCUGAUAAAUACUGCCCGAGUUUGAUUUUGCAGCAAAGGGAUCUUAAACCAUCCAGACCUGCUCCUGGAGCCAAUGAACUCUCGCAGAUGACCACAUUCUCUGAAUUGGCUGAAGGCGCUGUGUCUGAUCUCAGUAUCGAUGCUGGUGACAUGGUUGGACGGAAACGUUCUCGACAUUCUGUGCAUCGUUACAGCUUUGUCGAUGGUCUUGUCCGAGCACGAACUUCCCCAACCACCAUCUCUUGUGCAGAAUCAGCCUGCUGUCUCUUCCAUUCAGACCGAUUUCCUACAGAUUCAGACACCUUUGGUGUCCACCUCUUCGCCUCUCCCCUCACUCUCUCCCUCUUCCGCCCCCUUUUCUAG